UCUGUUUAAGAAGCUACCGCUGCCUGAAAAUGUGUAUGUGGAUUUUCGAAUUUUUGGUGUUGUUGCCAUGGAUAUCUGGUGGCACAACAAUGAAUAUGAAUAUGAGCUGCGGGUGGUACCCAUCGCAGGACUACGAGCGUGUGGCGAUGGAGUGUUCUGGGCCGUUGGUGACGAAAGUACCGACGAUGCUGUCUAGCGAUCUGAAAUUGUUGCGUCUUACUGGGACCAGCAUCACGUCGUUGGACAGCACCAGCUUCGAGGGGCGUAGCUUGGCCGAGCUCACGACCCUCUCUGUGAGCGGCGGUGCGCUGGCCAGAGUCGCGGCUAACGCUUUCUGCCCGUUGCCCGCCCUGGCGAAGCUCGACUUGUCUCAUAACCAAUUGGAUUUUCUAGAUGCACUGAGCUUCAAGUGCAACAAGCAUUUGAGAACUGUAAACCUCUCUGACAAUCCCAGUCUGCAUCACUUGCCUCUAUUGGUCAGUUCAUCAAUAGAGACCAUGUAUAUAGAGAAUUGCAGCCUGACGAGCGUUGAUGUUGCUGUAGUGAAGAGAAUGACAGCGCUGAAGACCCUGUCAUUGAGUGGCAAUCGUAAUCUACACUGCCUGUCUGAGAAAAAACGGCUGGAGGACGCUCUGCCUGAUCUCUCCGUCAUCUGCGAAGAUUCUGUAGAGUAUCGUCCCUCUCAGCCCACCACUAGUGGUCGAGAAUCCCCUCCACUAAAUUUUCACAAUAACACACAGUCAACAAUACAUCUAACACGAGAUGAUGUUGGAAAUUCUGCAUCUCAACUUCAACAGUCAGCAUGGACUAUUACCGUUGUAGCUGUUUUUGUCUUCACAAUCACUGGGGUCCCAGUCUAAAGGCUGUCUGAAGUUAUCAGUCUAAGGACUGGUGCUAUUAGAUGUGGCAUAGUUUAGCCAUUUCCUAACCUUUGAGCUACGUAAAUUUAAACUCCUAUAUCAGACAUUGAUUCAUAAUAGUAAGCCAAUUCAUACUUAAUGUUGGGUUUAAAACUGCAUCAAAUACUCAUUAACAUUCAAGUGAGAAUGGAUAUCCAAUGACAAGACUGAAAUUUUGUUGAAUCUUGAUGAUUUCAAUGUUAAAUUGCCUUUCAAUGAUAAUUAGCACUGUUAGUGACUCACUACAGAAUUUUAUUCUGCCACAUGUACUAUAUAUUGGUUCCUGUAUGUUUCACACUUUGCAGCCAAUAUUUAGUUUUAAAACUGUGUUAGAGAUUAAUUAGUACUCGAAUGAGGCUAAAUUAUAAGGUUCGAAUUUAUUAAAUCUUUUAGCUAUCGGUUGGUGGCAAAAUGACGAUUGAUACUCAGGUAUGAGAUUCUAAAUGCUGUUAAAUUUAGUUUAUUUCUCAUACGAUUGCAAAUGGUUGAUGCUGUUUCUAGCAUUCGAUUAUAUUUUAGUUACCUUUUGAGUAACAGGGUAUAGUCAAUUUUUAAGCUGAAACAUUGUCUUUGAUGUGCAUUGGUAAUGUAAUAACAAUACACAUCUUGCUGUUUCUAGCAUUCGAUUACAUUUUAGUUACGUUUUGAGUAACAGUGUAUGGUCGAUUUUUAAACUGAAACAUUGUAUUUGACGUGCAUUGAUAAUGUAAUGACAAUACACAUCUUGAUUAACUUCUCAUGAUCGAGAUUCACAAUCAUAGAGAAUUUUUUGAAGAACAUCCCAUCCGCCGUUGACUGUAGAAAUUAUUUAUUUCACGAUUGCAAUUUCGGCUUUUGAGCCAUUUUCAAGUGGUGUUGAACUCAAUCUGCCUGAGUUGUGAAUAUAUUUUUGCUCCAAUGGCCUUAGUUCACACGUAAACUGUGUGUCAGAACAUUAAUUUGUAGCGAUUUAUGUGAAAAAUGUUAACACUGGUAACAGUUCACGCAAUUUACAUAAUUUAAAGCCACAGAGCUUUGCACUCGUUUCAUGUUGCUGUACUUCUACAGCGAAGAUGCAUAUUUUUGACGAUGACAUACGGUAUGUGUGUCUCAGAGGAUUCUGAAGUCUUGAAUAUGCUAAAACAAAAUCUUUAGCAAUACCACUUGAAAAUGGCCCAAAGGCCGAAAUUGCAAUCGUGAAAUAAUUUCUACAGUCAACGGUGAACAUGCCGCCUUUUAAAAAAUAUUAACAUCUGGUUAGUAUUCAUAAGUGGAUACAUAACCAACGAUUGUUUUAAUAUUCUAUUCGAGAUUGGUUGCUGUAAGCAGCCAAUUCUUUACCAAAAAAUGUAUUGAUUGCAGGUAGUAUGUAAUUGUAGGCAUAAAGCUGAUGUACAGUUUUACUGGCUCCUACAACAAUUAUUCAUAAUUAUAAGCCUAAAUUGUAAACAAAUAGUUACAAUUCUGUUAUACAUUGCUUAGCAGACAAGUGAGUGUGCAAGGUAUUGUAUUAAUAAGUCUGGGAACAACACUUGGUUAUUAUUGAUUAGGAGAUAUAUAUUCAAUACCAGAGUCAUGAUUGUACUAUAAAUUGUUCAAUUUUAUAAUUAGUAUAACUAGCCAUAAUAUGUACUGAAUGUCAGGUUGCAUUGAAAUAAAGAUAUUCAACCUAAGAAGCAAUUAGACAUUGGUUACCAUAUUGACAAGGCUAUAUAGCGAAUGUUUGAGAUUUUACUAAUUUUAUGAAAAAUGCUCAAAUUACAAUAUGGAGCAAGUUUUGACACUAAUAAUUUUACUUUAUGUUACCAAGUAUCUCAUAAGCAUGUAUUGCUAAUCCAUCAAAUAUAAGCUCACACCAC